AUGGCGCCAAUCAAGCGCAAGGGCAGUGCCCCCGAUGAAAAUAAGCAAAAACGUGCCAAGGUUGGAGCCGAGGAGGGCAAGAAGGAAUACAAGAAGUCAAACGAUGCCACAUCCACCGCUGCCAAAGCUUCAGAGCUUUCAGUGCUGCGUGACGACGAACCCUCGUUCCCUCGUGGUGGCGCGAGUGUUCUGACCCCAUUGGAACGCAAGCAGAUCCAGAUUCAGGCCAACCGAGAUGUUCUGUUCGAACAGAAGGGAACCCAAAAGCCUUCUCAACAGAAGCCUUCCAACGAUUUCGACGAUGAAAGCGACAACGAUGUUGAGAUGGAAGACGAGCAGACCGCUGCUCCUGCCAAGAAGUCUCGCAAGAAGAAGACCAAGGCCAAGAAGGGCGCAGAAAAGGGAUCUGAGGAGAAAUCAGAUGUUCGCAUCGAAGGUCUCAGCUUCAAGCGCAUUGUCCCCGGUGCUAUGAUCCUCGGUCAAAUUUCAAGCAUUAACGCCCACGAUAUCGCUCUUUCGCUGCCUAACAACCUUGUCGGAUACGUCCCCCUCACAUCCGUUUCAAAGGGACUCGAAGACAAGAUCGAGAAGAUGUUGAACGACGAGGAUGGAGAUGAUGAUGAAGACAGCUCGGACGACGAAUCCUUCGACCUCAAGGAGCACUUCUAUUUGGGUCAAUAUCUACGAGCAUUCGUUGUGUCCACUGGUAGCAACCCCGACGACCCCAAGGCCAAGAGCAAGAAGCGCAUUGAACUUUCCAUCGACCCCAGACAGACAAACACCGGUUUCUCAAAGUCCGAUCUUCUCGCGAACUCUGCCGUUCAGGCGUCCGUUGUCAGUGUGGAAGAUCACGGUGUGGUCAUGGACCUCGGAAUUGAGGGCGCAGAUAUGAAGGGAUUCAUGUCUUCUAAGGAGAUCGAUCCUCGCGUCCCAUACUCGAAGAUCAAGGAAGGAUCCGUCUUCCUCUGUAUGGUCACUGGCCAAAACGACAGUGGCAACGUGAUUAAGCUGUCUUCUAACUACCAGACCUCUGCCUCGAUCAAGAAGUCGAACUUCCUCAGCUCAGCGCCUACAAUCAACACUUUCUUGCCCGGUACUGCCGCAGAAAUUCUCCUUACAGAAGUCACAGCCAAUGGUAUGAUUGGAAAGAUUAUGGGAAUGCUCGACGCAACCGUCGAUCUGGUGCAGUCCAGUAUCAACGGCAAAGUUGAUCUGGAAAGGAAAUACAAAAUCGGCGCGAAGAUCAAGGGUCGUAUCAUCUCGACUUUCCCCGCUGCUGAGCCCUUCAAGGUCAGCUUUUCCUUGCUCGACCACGUGCUCAAGCUGUCUACCGAUUCCCGAGGCCCUGGUUCCGUAGACGAUGCGCCUGCCGUCUCUGCUAUUCUUCCCGAGGUUACCGUUGUGAAGGUUGACCAUGGUUUGGGUGUGUAUGCUCGCAUUGGAGAGACUAAGCACAUGGGUUUCGUCCACAUGUCGAGACUGUCAGACGGAAAGGUCGAUACUAUUGAAGAGAACGCCGGACCCUUCAAAUUGGAGGCUGUGCACGAGGCAAGAGUCAUUGGGUACAACUCAAUGGACAACCUUUACAUUCUCUCAUUCGAGAAGAGUGUCAUUGAACAGCCUUUCCUCCGCGUCGAGGAUGUGAACGUCGGUGCUAUCGUCAAAGGAAAGGUAGAGAAGCUUCUCAUCGGCCCCACCGGUGUCGAUGGAUUAAUUGUCAACCUGGCCGAUGGUAUCACCGGUCUUGUCCCGUCUAUGCACUUUGCCGACACGCAACUUCAAUUCCCCGAGAAGAAGUUCCGCGAAGGCCAGAAGCUCACACUCAGAAUCCUUUCUGUGAACCUGGAAAAGCGCCAGAUCCGUCUUACGCUGAAGAAGAGUUUGCUCAACAACGAGUCCGCUAUCUGGAAGGACUAUGCCGACAUCACACCUUCUUCCCAAUCCCCUGGUACAAUCGUGAACCUUCAGAACCACGGUGCCGUUGUCCAGUUCUACGGCGAUGUUCGGGGUUUCCUGCCUGUUUCCGAAAUGAGUGAAGCUUACAUUCAGGACCCAGCUCAGCACUUCAGACUGGGUCAGGUCGUCAAUGUCCAUGCUCUGAGCGUUGAUGCAGCCCUCGGAAGACUUGCUGUUUCUUGCAAGGAUCCCUCGACUUUCACUGAGAAGUACCGCGAGGCUUUCGAAAACCUUCACCCUGGUCAUCUUGUCGCUGGAACUGUGUUCGAAAAGUCUAAUGACGACGUGCUUCUCAAGCUUGAGGAGUCCGGUCUCGUGGCUCGUCUUGACUCUCAGCACAUCGUUGAUGGUUCCUCCACUAAGCAAAACUCUAUGAUGUCCAAGAUCCGUGUCGGACAGAAGUUGAACGACCUCUUGGUUCUCGAUAUCCAGCGUGCUCACCGUCUCAUCAAGGUUUCCAGCAGAGCUACCCUGAAGAAGGCUGCGGUGCAGAAGAACAUGCCUGGAGAGUUUGAGCAGGUGAAGGAAGGCUCCCUUAUCACCGGUUUCGUCCGUAACAUCACCCCCGAUGGCAUUUUCGUCGAGUUCCUCGGCGGCUUGACCGGUCUGCUUCCCAAGCGUCUGAUCAAGGACGAAAACCUCGAACAGCCCCACUAUGGCAUGUCUAAGUCACAGACUAUUGUUGUCAAUGUGCAGUCCGUGGACUUGGACUUCAAGCGCUUUGUGGUCAGCAUGAAGCCCGUCGAGGCCGCCAAGCCCGCUCCCAAGAAGGCAGCCAAGCAAACCGACGAGACUGUUUCGAACCCCGUCGACAGCAACAUCCAGAGCAUGUCCGACUUCUCCUUCGGCAGAAUUGUUGAGUGCAAGGUUGUCUCUACCAAGGCUACCCAGCUCAACGUUCAGCUUGCAGACAACGUUCAGGGUCGCAUUGAUGUUUCCGAGAUCUUCGAUGACUUCAAGGAGAUCAAGGACCGCAAACAGCCCCUACGAUUCUUCAAGGCCAAGCAGGUUCUCUCGGCCAGAAUCCUUGGUGUCCACGAUGCCCGCAACCACAAGUUCCUUCCUGUCAGUCACCGUGCUGGAAAGUACCCCGUGUUCGAGCUUUCCCUGAAGCCCAGCUAUGUGAAGGCCGCCAACCCUGCACCUCUGAACCUUGAACAGGUCAAGGUUGGAUCUUCUUGGAUGGGCUUUGUCAACAACAUCGCCGAUGACUGCCUUUGGGUUAACCUCUCUCCCAAUGUUCGCGGACGUCUCCGUUUCAUGGAUGCAUCCGAUGAUCUCUCCCUGCUUACUGAUGUGGAAAAGAACUUCCCCAUCGGUUCUGCUCUGAAGGUUCAAGUGACCGCUGUCAACGCUGACAAGGGUCACCUCGACCUUUCUGCCAAGCAAGGCUAUGACAAGCUUGCUUUCGGUGAUAUUUCCGUUGGCAUGAUCCUUCCCGGCCGUGUGACCAAAGUCACUGAGAAGCAGGUUAUCAUGCAGCUUGGCGAGGCUCUUGUUGGUGCAGUCAACCUGGUUGACCUUGCCGACGACUACUCCAAGGCAAAUCCUACUGUGCACAGCAAGAACGAGGUUCUCCGGGCCUGCGUCAUUGCUGUUGACAAGUCCAACAAGAAGAUUUCGCUGUCUCUGCGCCCCUCCAAGGUUCUCAGCUCCGCACUGCCUGUCCAGGACCGCGAGAUUACUUCACUCAAGGAAGUCAAGCCCAACGAUGUCGUUCGUGGAUUUGUUCGUCGUGUCACUGAUGCCGGUCUGUUUGUCGCAAUCAGCCACGACAUCACUGCUUACGUGCGCGUCUCUGAUCUUUCCGAUUCCUACCUCAAGGAAUGGAAGGAGGCAUUCCAGGUCGAUCAGCUUGUCAAGGGCAAGGUCACUUUUGUUGAUGCCGAACAGGGCAAGCUUCAGAUGAGCUUGAAGGAGUCCGUCCUUGACCCCAACUUCAAGGCUCUCCUCACCCUCAAGGAUUUCAAGGUCGGACAGAUUGUCACCGGAAAGGUCCGCAAGGUCGAGGAGUUCGGUGCUUUCAUUGUUGUUGACGGAUCAUCAAACAUCAGCGGUCUCUGCCACCGUAGUGAGAUGGCUGAUAAGCGCAUUGAAGAUGCCCGCACCCUAUACGAUGCGGGUGAUGCUGUCAAGGCCAAGAUCAUCAACAUUGACCAAGCGGCCAAGAAGAUCUCCUUCUCCCUCAAGGCUUCUCACUUCCAAGACGAGGAGGAAGAUGAUAGUGCUGAGGAAGAUGACAUGAGCGUCGAUGGCAUUGGUGGUGUUGAACUCGCUGGCGACGACAGUGAGGACGACGAGGAUGAUGAUGACGAGUCCAUGGGAGGCGUCGAUGUGGAGGAUGACAGCGAGGAGGAAGACUCCGAGGAUGAGGAUGGAGAUGUCGUGAUGCAGAAGCCCAGCAAGACCGGUGGCCUUGGUGCCAGCGGCUUCGACUGGAGCGGCAACGCACAGAACGAGGGUGCCACUGCCGGCUCAGACAGCGAUGCCGAAGACUCUAAGACCAAGAAGAAGAAGAACCGCAAGCCCGAGAUCCAGGUUGACCGCACAGGUGAUCUGGAUGCCAACGGUCCUCAGUCAGUUGCUGACUUCGAGCGUCUUCUUCUGGGUGAACCCGACUCCUCCCUGCUGUGGCUGCAGUACAUGGCCUUCCAGCUGGAGCUGGGUGAGAUCGAAAAGGCGCGUUCCGUCGCUGAGCGUGCUCUGCGCACCAUCACUAUGGGUCAGGCCAACGAGAAGCUUAACAUCUGGGUCGCUCUUCUCAACAUGGAGAACACCUAUGGCGAUGAUGACAGUCUCGAAGAGGUCUUCAAGCGUGCCUGCCAGUACAACGAGCCCCAGGAAAUUUACGAGCGCAUGAUCAGCAUUUACAUCCAAUCUGGAAAGAACCAGAAAGCAAGUGACCUCUUCUACGAGGCUCUCAAGAAGAAGGUUUCUUCCCAGUCCCCCAAGUUCUUCUACAACUACGCCAGCUUCCUCUUCGACACCAUGGCCUCCCCCGACCGUGCUCGUGCUCUGCUUCCCCGUGCUUUGCAGUCCCUUCCCGCACACACCCACGUCGAGACGACCUCCAAGUUCGCUCAGCUGGAGUUCCGUUCCGAGAACGGUGACGUUGAGCGCGGUCGCACCGUGUUCGAGGGUCUGCUGUCCUCUUUCCCCAAGCGUAUUGACUUGUGGAACGUGCUCCUCGACCUUGAAAUCAAGGUCGGCGAUGCGGAACAAGUGCGCCGUCUGUUCGAGCGGGUCCUUGGCCUGCAGAGCGGCAAGAAGGGUGCCGUCUCCAUUGACGCUAGCAGGAAGCUUAAGCCCAAGCAGGCCCGCUUCCUGUUCAAGAAGUGGCUCGACUUCGAGGAGAAGCUCGCCGCCGAGACUAGCGACGAGAAGAUGGUGGAGGAGGUCAAGGCUCGCGCUGUGACCUACGUCAAAACUCUCCAGGAUCCACAAGCUAGCCUAGCCGUGUCUACGAGCACUCCCCCACCACCGACACUAACACUGCUUGACCACAGCGGCAUCAUCCAAUUCAUCUCAAUCGCCUGCGGUAUCGUCCUAUCCUUCUUUCCGGACGAAUACGACCGCGCCGCCCAUAAUUGGCUGCCGAGCGCAGAAAGCGCCUCGGAGGGCUCCAAGCACUGGCCCACUGAUAUCUCGCGCGACAUCAUUCCCGUCGCUUGCCACUCGCACAACGACUACUGGCGUCGCGUCCCGCUGUACUCCGCACUGCAGGCGGGAUGCGUGGGCGUCGAAGCAGACGUCUGGCUAUUCGAUGAUGAGCUCUACGUCGGCCAUACCACCUCGUCACUAACUGCGCGCCGCACUCUGCGAUCAAUGUAUGUUGAUCCGAUCGUUGCGAUUCUCGAGCGCCAGAACCCGAUCACGGAGUUCCACCCCGGGCAAGGCAGCCCCGCGCACGGCGUUUUCGAUACAGACCCCGACCAAUCACUCUUGUUUCUGAUUGAUUUCAAAACCGCCGGCCCGGCGACCUGGCAUGCUGUCUCGAAGCAUCUGGCCCCACUUCGGGAUCGCGGUUAUCUGACAUACUUCAAUGGCGAAGAGCUCAUCCAGGGCCCCGUAACUGUGAUCGGGACGGGAAACACGCCUUUCAAUCUGGUUGCUGCGAACAGUACUUAUCGAGAUAUAUUCUUCGAUGCACCGCUGGAAAAGCUCGUCGACGAAGAUUCUGAUCAAUCAACAAGCCUUCAGCAAGAGUCGGGAUUGUACACUGAUGACAUGGGCACAGAGUCCGCGAACCUGGCUCAGGGUCAGGGUCAGGGUCAUUCUGGUAUGCCUGCGGUCAUCACGGCCAAUACUUUCAAUUCCACCAAUAGCUUCUAUGCUUCGGUGUCAUUCCAGAAGGCAAUCGGAUUCCCCUGGCCCUUUCAUUUCACGCAGCACCAGAUGGAGCUGAUUCGUCGGCACGUGCGGGUUGCGCAUCGGCAGGGAUUGAAGGUUCGCUAUUGGGCAUUGCCGAGCUGGCCACGCAGUUUGCGGAAUCACAUCUGGCGUGUGCUGGCGCAGGAGGGUGUCGAUAUCUUGAAUGUCGAUGAUUUGGUGGGUGCCACGAAAGGGGACUGGAAUACGAAAGUCUUUGAUUGGUGGCCUUGA